AUGGGCGCAGAGCCGAGGCCCGUGCUGCUGCGCCACGUGCUGCGCUGCUUCCAGCGGCUGCAGCAGCAGCUGCCCGCGGGGCUCCGGGGAGUUGAGUGGCUGGACAUCUUGCCCUUCGCUCCUGCUGCGCUGCAGCAGAGGCUGCUGAGAGCUGCUGCUGCAGGUUUGAUGCGGGAGCGGGGGCUGGCGCUGGACGCGGCCGUGCCGCUGCUGCUGCAGCAGCAGCAGCAGCAGCUAGCUGCAACCCGCAAGAAAGACGCAGCGCGGCUGCUGCGCGCCGCGCUGCCGCUGCAGCAGCAGCAAACCCUCCAGGCCCAAGUCCAGGCCAAGGCGGCCACCAGGGGCUGGAGUCCGAAGAAGCAGCGGCGGAAGCUGCGAAGGGCAAUUCGAAAAGCAGCAGCAGCAGAGCUGCAGCGGCUCAAGACGCGGCUUGCUGCUGUCAGGGCUUCUCCCCUCAACGCGCCCCCCAAGGGCGUCCACAACGAGCUGCAGGACGAGGCCCGGCCCGCCGCGAUCGAGGACUGCAGCAGCAGCACCAGCAGCAGCAGCAGCAGCAGCAGCAGCAGCCUGGUGAGAGUUGAACAGGGAGGAAUGGACACAGCCACUGCUGCACUGCUCGCCACGAAAUUCACAGCCUCCGAGCUGCCUUUGGCGGAAGCAGCGGAAGAGCGAGAGGCGCAGCAGCAGAAGCGUGCAGCUGCAGCAGCAGCAGCUGCAGCAGCAGCAGCAGCCAAAGCAGCGGAAGCUGCAGCGGGGGAGGCGGAGGGGGACGACAGCGAGACCGAGAGCAGCAAACUGCUGCAGCAAUGCGACGGAAGCGCGAAGAAGAGAAAAAGAAGCAAAAAGAAGCAGCAGCAGAAGGAGCUGCUGCUGCUGCCUUCCACCAGUGCUUCUGAAAGUGAACAGGAAGCAGAUCAGGACGGACCCGCGCUGGUGAUGGUUCCUGCAGCAAAACAAAGAGUCAAAAAUAAAAACAAAUCCAGAGUUGAAUUCAAAGAAAAAGCCGAAAAGAAACACAAAGUUAAAGAGCCAGAGGAGCUGCAGGCGCUCGAAGUCCAGGCAGAGGUUUCAGAAACGCCGAAGAAGAAAAAGAAGAAAAAAAGCAAAGAAUGCGACGAAGAGCUCACUUGA